CGUCAAAACUGGUGACUGCGCAUGCGCACUGACACAACGUGCCGAUACUUCCCAGGAUUUAUCAACAAAUGAACGUACACUACAUCUGCUACAGCGAAGCAUAGUCGGAGCUGUCCCGAUUCAGUAAACAUACAUUUUACGCGGAACUGCUUUUCGUUGCGGUAGUAAGUGUCCACUGUAGUGUAGUUUUCUGAGAGUGUUUAUAUUCGACUGUAUAUGUAUCAUGGAAUAGCAGCACUGCUCUUCGCAUCCAUGAACUGAGUGUCAUAAAGUUCUCGGUCACGGCAUGACCUCUCUGUGGUGGAUUUUUUGAUGGGGCUUUUAAGAUUAAAGAUGCCGCCGAAGUUUCAGCUCCUGGCUCUGUUGGCUUUCGCCAUUACGAUGAUCUUUUUGGAAAACCAAAUUCAGAAGCUCGAGGAGUCACGGUGGAAGCUGGAGCGAGCCAUUGCCAGACAUGAGGUACGAGAGAUUGAGCAACGGCACAUUCAAGAGGGGGCGAAGGAGGCCCUGGUAGAGGAGGACGAUCUGGUGGUCAUCUACAACCGAGUGCCCAAAACAGCCAGUACCUCCUUCACCAACAUCGCCUACGACCUGUGCAACAAGAACCACUACCAUGUGCUGCACAUCAAUACCACCAAAAACAACCCCGUCAUGUCUCUUCAGGAUCAGGUACGGUUUGUAAAGAAUGUGACGUUAUGGAAGGAGAUGAAGCCUGCGUUCUACCAUGGGCAUGUUUCCUUUCUGGACUUCACCAAAUUUGGAGUAAAGAAAAAGCCUAUUUACAUAAAUGUUAUCCGGGACCCUAUUGAGCGCCUGGUGUCUUACUAUUAUUUCCUGCGCUUCGGGGAUGACUACAGACCAGGUCUGCGACGCAGAAAGCAAGGAGACAAAAAGACGUUUGAUGAGUGUGUAGCUGCUGGAGGAUCUGACUGUGCUCCAGAGAAACUCUGGCUCCAGAUUCCCUUCUUCUGUGGUCAUUACUCUGAGUGCUGGAACAUUGGCAGCAAAUGGGCUUUGGAGCAAGCCAAAUACAACCUGGUGAAUGAAUACAUGUUAGUUGGCGUGACAGAGGAGUUGGAAGACUUUGUGAUGAUGUUGGAGGCAGCCCUCCCUCGCUUUUUUAAGGGGGCCACAAAGCUCUUUCGGACAGGGAAGAAAUCGCACCUAAGAAAAACGAGCGAGAAGAAGCCCCCCACCAAAGAGUCUAUAGCCAGACUGCAGCAGUCAGACAUCUGGAAAAUGGAGAAUGAGUUUUACGAGUUUGCACUAGAGCAGUUCCAGUACGUUCGGGCUCACGCGGUGAGAGAAAAAGAUGGAGAACUGUACCUGCUGGCACAGAACUUUUUCUAUGAGAAAAUCUACCCAAAGACUACCUGAGACUCAGCGGUGCUCCAUAACACCGUAUGCUGUGGUGGGAAACACUGGAGGGAGGACGCAAUCCAUUCUGCCCGACUGUUCUCCAUCUGGAUGUGUGCAUUUAGAGCAACUCAAACUAGUCCGUGCCGCAGGGAAGAGUCUUGGGGCCAAAUAGCUUUCAAGAGCUUUAUCCCCCAAUACAUAACUCUUCAAAGAAAGCUUAAAAGCUCUCUAAUGAGCUUUAAAAGUGACUGAGGUCUUGUUUGUGUCGAUAUUCUGCAUUAGGGAUUUGAUACAGGUGCUGCCACAUCUCACAACGUUUUGUUAUUGGAUUGAAUAAAUGCUUAUAUGGUUAUAUGAGUUUUUACAUCUUCAGUACAGAUGACUACUAAACAUUUUUUUUCACUACUUUAUUUCUUGGACUUUUUAUAAGGCUAUUUAUGGGAUUUAGUGGAAAGAAAAACACAGAUGUGGAUGUACUUCACAUGGUUGAAAAUGUAUCUUGUCUUUGAAAUACUAGAAAAAAAAUUACCCACGUUUUUCUGUUUGCCAUUUUUAAAACGGAACCUUCUGCUUUGGGUUCAGUCUCGCAUUUUUUUCCAGCAAUUGCAGAUCAUAUUUUUUUUUUUUUUAUCUACAAAUAUAUGUAAAUACUGGUCAUUACAGUUACAGCUGGACCAAAACAUUUAAAAAUGGGUGGAUGAAGAAUUGAAGAUGAAAUGUUUAUCUGCAUGUGGAUCGUUUUACUGUUACUUAUUUUCGGUAAAUGGUAAUGCUUUUGUUUGAAUUUGCUUUUGUAUAUUUUAUGACUCAAUUAUCACGUUUUCUUUAAUGUAGUUUAAACUUACUUUGUUUCUCAUGGCAACACACCAUUUGUCUGCUGCUUUGAUUUUGAGAUCAUGGACUUUAAAUGUGUUCAAAUGAAAGAAAGACUCAUAUAAAUUCAUUGAGAUUGUGCCUUUUUUCCCCCGUGUAACACAGAGCUGUUAUUACAGCCAGUGUAAAUAUGUUGUGCUAUCUCAGCAUAUGAAUAGGUGAGGAGUUGUUUUACGGUACAGUUGCAUUGACUGUCAUUAUUAACAUCAAUAUGGAAAUAGGCAGCCAUCAUGUGAAAUUGUUUGCCUUGUUGAUGGUACUGCAGGACUGGAACUGAUGUCUAUACAAUUCCAGUGUUUGUACAAGUUCAUGAUCUUUACUAAACACACAUUUGUGCAUGAAAUGGGUGCUAGAUUGCACAUUUGCCCUUAAAAUC